ACCACCACGCGUCUCGCCCGACGAAAGAGUCAUCCCAAUGGCCUCCACCAAGUAGCACUGGAGAGGCCUUCAACGAAGCUCCUGGGACCAUUGAUCCCUCCUACGCCACAGAAGAUUCCACAACACUUGCUUACCCUGACAAUCCCUAUGCAGGAACUGAGGUAUACGGGUAUGAUGAACAAGAUCUUCAGGCGGUUAUGACCGAAAGUAGCAGAGCUGCAUUCUUAGGGCCAGCGAAUGCUGGAGGACCAUCGACCGAAGGUGACUACGAGGAAGUGGAGGUGCCUUACGAAGAUGGCCGCCUAACGCCGACACAGGCCGACCCGUAUCCCCCUAUCCUGAAAAUUAAGGGGGCGGAAGGGAAAUCCGAACCUCUUGAUAAACGCUUUCGUGUGGAGAGGUCUUCCAAGUUCGCCCCAGGCCUCGUCAUCAAGAUUCUCUGGUCAGAACCACGAAGCGAGAACUCGAAAACCCUCAACACUUACACCGAGGUCGGCCAGGAGCACAUGUUUGGUAAACUGGUUUACGUUGGGCUCCGCCGUUUCAUAGUCGUCGCCACUGAUAAGGGUCACUCCACUUGCGUCCCGAUCUACACCUACAUAGGAAAAGGCUGCAAGAAGAGGGGCGUGAAGCCUGACAAGCAUGGCAUUAUCUACGACAUCAAAUCUAAGCCCCAGAUGCUCCACGGCGAGCCUGAAUUGGGUUUCGUUCCUGUCGGCAUGAGAAUUGAAGCCAGCGGAGAGCGGCUGGCGAGGGAGUCUCGAGUGGAUUACUCCAAACUGGUCAACGUUGAGCACAAUGUGAGGGUUUUCAUCAUUGGCCGGAUCGAUGGCAAACAUGUCGAGACCGUCAAAAACGCCGUCGACACCUGUUGGAAUCUCAAGAUCUCGGCCAUGGGCUGAGGGAGACACGGAAGGACGGCAGGUAGGGGGCGUAAACCGCAGCCCCUACCCUCUGCCUUCGACCUUGCUCUCCAAAACCAGGGACGCUGCACCUUAUCGGUCUGUCUGUUCCCGACCACGUUUCUUUUCCUUUUUUUCUUUCCGCUCCUGUCCGAACAGGAAGCCGCAUUUCCGCACCAGCUCCGCUUGCCAUAUCCCAAGGAAUUGACGGCACCCAGGGAGAUGGGAAUAUACGUUAUCCGAGCCGCCUGCCACUGGUGGUCUCGAUGAAAUCGACAGGUCCAGGCUGGCCAUGUUUCGACGAGGAAAUCCAUCUGACGGAUCUCAACACCCUUGACGAGUAACGACUGCAACC